AUGGACGACGACGAAGAUUUGUUUGGCGGGGAUGUAGCCGACGAGGACCUCAUGCUCGCCUAUGAGACGACGCAAUCAAGUCGACUGUCGACCUCAUCGAGGCCAAUGGUAGCAGCCACGACGCCCUCGACUGUGUCCACGGCACGAACGACACCAAGAACAUCUAUCAGCUCCCGGAGCACUGCUCCGAAUGCCGGGCGACCGGUCGUAUCCACCUUCCGACCACACACAGCCGAAGUGACGAUGGCAGCCCCUCCUCGGCCCCAGCCGAUAGACAGCAAUUUGUCAAGAGGCGGGCCUCAGAUUCAGAAUAACAAUUUCCGGCAAUCAACGGCCCAAGUGCCCAUCGACCUGUCCGCCGAGCUGGACGAUCUGCCUUCAGAUGCUUUUGACAGCUCGUUUGCCAGCUAUACUGGCGCCAGCUCACACUCACAGCGCUCGAUCAUCUCUAGUGCAAGAAAUCCGCUGAGGCUAUCGGGCCAACACUCGUUCAGACAGACCACGUUGUAUGGCGAUACGCUCCAGGCUGAAGCAUCGCAGGCUGUACACCACAACCAUGCUUUUGUAUCGGACAUGCCAGCCGAGAAACCCACGCACCACAAGAUUGACAAGGAGGCCAUGAAGACCUGGGUCUACCCGACGAACCUGGGUGCUAUCCGCGACUACCAAUUCAGCAUCGUGAAGAACAGCCUCUUCAACAACACGCUAGUGGCGCUUCCGACUGGCCUAGGCAAGACGUUUAUUGCGGCCACAGUCAUCCUCAACUUCUACCGCUGGACAACGGAUGCGAAAAUGAUUUUCGUGGCACCAACAAAGCCCCUUGUCUCGCAACAAGUCGACGCCUGCCUGAACAUAGCCGGCAUUCCCCGGUCAGAUACGACGCUCUUGACGGGCGAGACGCCGCCCGCAUUACGAGAGGCUGAAUGGGCGAGCAAGCGUUUGUUCUUCAUGACCCCACAGACGCUACAAAACGACCUGUCCAAAGGCUACGCCGACCCCAAGUCUAUUGCCCUUUUGGUCAUUGACGAAGCCCAUCGCGCGACCGGCGACUAUGCGUAUGUAAAGGUCAUUGGCUUUAUGCGCAGAUUCACUAACAGUUUCCGUGUGUUGGCACUAACGGCGACGCCUGGGUCCUCCGUCGAGGCGGUCCAGGAAGUCAUUGACAACCUCGGCAUGUCCAAUGUUGAGAUUCGCACGGAGGACUCCAUCGACAUUCGCCAGUACGUCCAUAACCGAGACAUCGAACGACUUACGAUGGAGCCGUCGACCGAGAUGAAGUGUGUGCAGGAUCUGUUCUCCAAGGCACUGAAGCCGUUCUGUGACCGACUCACCCAGCAAGGCAUUUGGUUCGGCCGGGACCCAAUGUCCCUCAACACGUUUACUCUUCUCAAGGCCCAGAGAGAAUGGGCGGCCGGGCCAGCACGGCACCUGAACCAAGGCACAAAAUUUAUGAUUAUGGCGACCUUUGCGUUGCUCAAGACCCUGGCGCACUCGAUCAAGCUCUUGAACUUCCACGGCAUCCGUGCCUGCUACGACAACCUGGCUGAGCUUCGAGCCGAGACUGAAAAGGACGAGAAGGGUAGCAAGAAUCGAAAGGCAUUCUUCCGUGACCCGGACUUCCAGGAGAUGAUGAUGACCAUUGAACGGUGGAUGAAAGAGGACGGCUUUGAGAGCCACCCCAAGCUCACCUUUCUCAAGGAGCAGCUGUUCGACCACUUCAAAGACCAGCCGCCCGGAUCCAACACGCGGGCCAUUGUCUUCAACGAGUUUCGCGACAGUGCCGAAGACAUUGUGCGGAAUCUCAAUCGCGGCAUCCCCAACGUCAAGGCAUCGAUUUUUGUUGGCCAGGCCGACUCCAAACGCAGCGCUGGCAUGAAGCAGAAAGACCAGAUUGAAGCAAUUAAGAGAUUCAAAUCCGGCGAGUUCAAUGUCCUCGUGGCGACGUCCAUUGGUGAGGAGGGUCUAGACAUUGGUCAAGUCGACCUGAUUAUCUGCUAUGAUGCCUCGUCAUCGCCAAUUCGCAUGCUGCAGCGCAUGGGGCGGACUGGCCGGAAGCGCGCUGGUCGGGUAUUGCUACUGCUCAUGAAAGGCAAGGAAGAGGACAAGUUUGCCGAAGCGCAAGACAAAUACUCCAACAUGCAAAAGCUUGUCAGUGAAGGGUCAAGAUUUAACUUCCGGUUUGACCUUUCGGAGCGAAUUGUCCCUCGGGACAUUAAGCCAGAAGUCGACAAACGCCAUGUCGAAAUCCCUAUCGAAAACACACAGGACAUGUCCCUCCCGGAACCCAGAAAAGCACGCGGAAAGUUACCCAAGGCGUCGAAAAAGGUGUUCCAAAUGCCGGACGACGCAGAGACAGGAUUUGUUACAGCAUCGACUGUGAGAGAAGAUGGCCAGACAAAGCUGGGCUUCAAAGUAAGGCAAAAAGCAGCUGCGCCGAGACUGGCGGUACCAGAAGUAGCUGAGACGGAAUUUUUGGUUGACAUUCCUGGCCCGGGGACCGAUUUGAGAGGCGCCGAUAAGAGUGGCGGCUUCAACAGUAACUCCUCGUUCGCAUCGGCAUUUGGACCACAUGACAACAUACCGGUCAUCGACACCUCUGACCCCAAACCCCUACAAAAGCUGCGCCCGACAAAGUACCUGCACCAUAGUGCCUUUACUCGACGCAACGUUCGACUCAUGGGCCGACUAGUGGAAGGUUCCUAUGACAGGCCUAGGUCCCACGGCCAGUCCUAUAUGCGCCAUAGGGUGCCAAAGUUUGCUCCCAAUUCGGACGAAUCUGGCGAGUCGGAGGAGGAACGGGUGUUUGCACACCCACCACCAGCCAAAUCCCGGACCCAGGCACAAGCACAGACCAAACCGACUGCUACUGCGACCACGCUGCCAUUGUCCAUGGAGCCCCUGGCUAAACGCCGUCGCGUCGGACCUGUAUCCACGAUGACGGAACGGGCAAGGCUUACACCAGCAGGGUACAUAAACAAUCAACCCGCUAUCAAGAAGGAAUACGGCUACGGCGAGGAGGAUGAGGACGACGGAGCAUCACAAUGGUCCAAGAAAAAGAGCAGCAGCAGCAGUUUUAAGCCAGCUAUGAAGGGCAUGACACGCCAGCGAAGCUCUCAAAUUCAAUCAUAUAGCUUCGGUGGUGGUGGUCGUGGUGGUGGACGAGACGAUGCGUCUGUGAAAGACGAAUCUAGCGAAGAUGAUUUCCCGACAUCGAAUCGACGGAUGUUUACCUCAAAACGUGCCGGCGAGAGGCGUGUUCCGGCGACCCGUGCACCGCUACCAAUGUAUGGCCGUGCUACCCCGGCCUCGGCUUAUCCAGUCAAGCCGACCGUGCAGCGGAUCCUCGAAGACUUUCCCGACGGUAGCGAUGAUUCCGACCCUGAACCGAACAGAGUUGCCGCCAAAGUGGACCCGGUACCGAGUAGCAGCACCCGUAAGAGGAGGUCGUUUGAUAUUCUCGAUCAGCUGGACGAGGAACUGCAUGACAAGGAACUAGACGAUGAUUUGGGCGGCGAUUCAGACCUUGGCAUGGUCAUGGAUAUGGCCAUGCCGGAUGUGGUACAAGAGACUGGCGAGGCGGAUCGAAAGCAGGAAUUGGAAAAAGAAAUGGAAAACGAGAUAGGAAACAUGUUGGAAGACAUAGGCGAUGCUGCUUUUGAUGAAGACAUCCAGGCGAUGUCGACAUUCCCCGAAAUCCCACAGGCAGCCACCGCCAAGUCCGCUCCAUUGCAGCGGACUACAGCAGGGCCACAAGGAGAGUCACAAAUUUUUGCAGAAGCAGAAAAGCCCGAGCUUCCAAAGGUUCCUUCGAACCAGGAGUUCUCUGACAUUCCCGACAUGUCCGACAUGUCAGAUCUACUGGAGGAACCCGCACUGCCCAACUUUCCCAAGCCUCUAGAACCGCUUCCUCGCAAACCUUUCCCUGACGACGAACCAAUCUCUUGGGAACCAACGCCUCCUCCACCACGUCGAGAACCGACGCCCGAGGAGGUGCUGUCUUGGGAGCCAACGCCACAACCGCAACGCCCGGAACCAGUCUAUCCGAGGGAGCCGCCUCGCCAACCAAGUCCCCAUGGGCCAACAGGUCUAACACCGUCCCCGGAGAGUGACAAGGACAAGUAUAUUAUCCGCUUCUCGCAGCCGGCAGGCACUGGCGCGAGCCUGCGCGGUAUACGCCGUGGACGUGGUCGCGGCCGUGGAGCGAGAGUUGUGCGCGCGCGUGGUGGCGCUCGUGGCGGUGGCGGUGGCGGUGGAGGUGGAUUUGCGGCCAUUACGGAGGAAGCUGAUGCUGCCGAAAAGGAGGAGGUUGAUUACUUUGGUGGUGGACGAGGACGGGGCCGUGGACGAGGACGCGCUCGUGGAGGCCGGGGCAGCCGUGGUGGCGCUGUCAGCUACGGUCGUCUAGAGGAACGCGGCGACGAUUGCAUGCGAACCAGCGACAACUACGAGACAGAUGGAUCGGACAGCGGCGGCGAUCUGGUCGACUUUAUCGUCGACGACAACGAUGAGGUUGAAGUGGCGCCGACAUCGAGCCUGCAAGAGCCUCUCCAUGCCAUCACUGAUGACGACAGCGACGACGGCUUUGAACCACGACGGCGCAGCCGAGCCACAGGUGGCGGGCGGCGGCUGGUCUCCAAGAGCCGGAGGUCCGCGGUGGUCUUCACAUCAUCGCCUAUGGCGAGCUCCCCACCUGCUGUCACCGCCGCUCGUAAAAAGACCGAUGCGACAAGGCGUACUACGAACAAGACCAAGUCCAAAGCAAAUCCAAAUGGAUCGGUUGAGAUGCCCAUUCGCCUCUCCCAAACGCGUGGCAAUAGUGACGACGAUGACGACGACGACGACGACGACGACGACGGAGUCUUUAGCGAGCGGCACGGACGUGCCAACCAGCAAGCACCAGCUGCAACUACGAAAAUGAAACCACAAAAGAAGACCACCACUGCCAAGUCAAAGGCGGCUCCAAAGAAAAGCGCGCCCGCCAAUAUGACUGGACCACCGCCGAAGAGUGCCGAGUUUAUUCUCAGCGGCGAGGACGAUUCGAGCGACGUAGUCCGCGAUGACGACGAUGGUCUCAAUGGAGGGGACAAAGCUGUCACGAGACGGCCGGCCGGGGUUCGUCGAGGCCGCCGGCUGGUAUUUGAUAGCGACAGCGAGUAG